AUGGAAAUCUUAUCAGCCAAAUGUUUAUCUGAUGAACUGGAAAUGAAUGAUGCCUUAAGUAAUUUCAUGUGUGACCAAUACGAUAUGGACUGUCUAGAUUUAAUUGAUCUUGAAGAUGAUGGUGAUCAUCAUCAUCAUGAACAACAGCUCAAUUAUUUUCAAUCUUCUUCUCCGGAUGAGGGCAACAUUCACACUCCCACAAUAUGCAGUAAUUAUCAACAAAAUACAACCACGAAAUCUUCUUUGCCGGUCGAUAAAGAAAGGGUUAAGUUUAAGAGUAGUCGCAAUUGGAAUUCUCGCACUUCGGCCGCCCCUAUUGCCAAGAUGGUGUCUACUACUACUACUUCUUCCUCUGCGGCCUUAAUUUCGUUCAACAACUCAAGCUCAAACUCAACCGCGACUGCGACUGCGCUGGUGCCUUCUUCUGAGAAGAACUACUAUCUUGAGUACUGGGGGAGUACUACUACUGCUACUACCUCGGAUCAAUUUUACGUACCCAAACAAACUCAAAAUUGUACCCAAAAAUGUAAUAAUAAGCAAGGGGUUCGAAGAGUUGGUUCGAUUAGUACCAAUACUAGGUCUCCAUUACAUGCUCGGGAUCAUGUUAUAGCUGAAAGAAAGCGACGAGAGAAGCUCAAUCAGAAGUUUAUAGCUCUUUCUGCUGUUAUUCCAGGUCUAAAGAAGAUGGACAAGGCUUCUGUCCUGGGAGAUGCUAUCAAUUAUGUAAAACAUCUUGAAGAACGAGUAAGGACACUUGAGGAACAACAAGAAAUGAAAACCAAAAACCAUGAAUCAGUCAUUUUAAUGAAGAAAUCUCUGCUGUGUGCCGUCGAAGAUUCUUCGUCUGAUAAUGACAUGGUUUUGCAGCCACUGUCUGAAAUUGAGGCCAGAGUUUCCAACAAGGAUGUUUUGAUAAGAAUCUACUGCGAGAAGCAAUAUGGAGGGUGUAAUUUGGCCAACUUACUCACCAAAAUAGAGAACCUUCACCUCACAAUUGUCAAUACUAGUGCGUUGCCUCUAGGGAGUUCCACAAUUGAUAUAACUAUCGUUGCUCAGAUGGACGUUGAGUUCUGCAUGACUCACAACGAGCUCAAAGAAAACUUAAGACAGGCUUUGCUCAUGUAG